UUGUCACACGACGGCUGCACAGGCAAGCUGCCGGUGGAAUAGAAGAAGCCACGGUUACCUCCAAUCAGUAGACGCUACAUGGAUGUAAUCAAGAUUACAGCCACUUUUUUGAUGUUCGUCAUCUGUGUGAGUGCCAUACCGAAAUUGCUGCAGAUCAACGGGAUUCCGAGAAUGGAAAACUGCCGACGUCACUCUGCCAAUUCGGGGCGCAUAGCAGGCUUGUGUUGGUACUUAUGUGAUCGUAAGCCCCUAAGUUACGACUUGGAAAAGGAUGGAUCCCCUUGUACUACGCCCGGACAGAAAAUCGGCGUAUGCAGCGGUGGUUUCUGCAUAAGUGCUGCGCAUCCUUGGACCCUGCAAGAGCCAGCAACAAAUGGAAAACAGAGAACAACUCAGCAACCACUAGUUGGCGGGAAAGGAAGCACUUCGGCAUUGCCUGUGUCUGAGAGCCUUCCGGAGGUAAGCUGGACGAAACGAAAGAAGGACGAAGUCGUGUUCACCGACAGUUGCAGCCAGUUUGAUGAAGGCCAAAAGAAAGUGAAGACCGAAACGGACGGAACGCCCUGCGAGGAAGGAAAAUCACACGGUUCCUGUUUCCACGGGCAAUGCGUUGGAGCAUUCCAAAUUAUGAAUAAAAUCUACCCAGAGGAUGAAACACAUGGUAAUCUAUGUUCGGGGUACAAGCUGAAUAGAACGACGGACGGUGCGGUUAUGGAUUGCUCCUACUGGUGCAUAGCAGGACCGAAUAAGUACAGCGUUGACAUCCUGGACGGGACGUUGUGUGCUGAUUCGGACGCCGACAAAGGACUCUGCAUGGAAGGCAGUUGUGAUGUGUCGCAAUCGCCCAAGCCGGCCGUGAGCAAGGCAGGAGAAAGAGACCAGGAGCAAGUCAGGAGAACGACCGGGAUGCCACAACACCAAGACCCCUGGACACCCUUUGCAGAAAAAGACGAUCUAUCGAGCUCCGGCCCAAAUAUCACGAAAGAACUUCCGCUUGUGACGGCUCUAACACCACCAUCACAUCCGCUUACUGACACAUACAGUCAUGAGAACAUGACUAGAAACCCACAUUUUAGUGAAAUAGUCACUCUCACAACACAGAAUUUUCUAUCAAGAGAGAUGAAGCAAGCAAAAAAAUUACCUGAAGACAGCUAUGAUACAACACCUAAUAAAAGUUUGAGUAAACUUCCUUUACCAACACAGGAAAUUGAGCCUUCAGGCCAUAGAACAGCCAUAUUACAGAAAAUAACUUAUAAAACGACAGCGAAUCCUCAUUCGGUAACAAGAGAAGGAUCAGCUUUAACACAUGCCCAUACCAUACCAAUCAGUCACAACGCAGAAACUCAACCUGAAGGACCAGGUUCCAACGAAAUGGACCGUUCGAGAAGAUUGCCCUACGUAAUAUUCACAGACUUUUUUUACAAGUUUGCAACCACUGCGAGGAUGUCAGAAGUGGUAUCCAAUGUCCACAGCAAAGGUGCUGACAAUGGUACUACAUGAAUUGCAUGGCCAACGAUGACUGCUCCCACCAUUUCAGUCGCCAUUUAUACCAGUGGUAACUAAAGCGCCUGAGAAAAUAAUCAUUUCAUGCUGCUUUGUGACGUGGAAGAGCAGCUAACAUUACGACACUCAAAGCGCCGCGUGUUCAAUACAUUUGUUAAGGGGUUAAAUAAAACCACACAAGCGAAUAGUUUUGCGCAUGUUGGUUAUUCAUCGUAAUACAAAUAAGGUAGCGCAGUAACAACGAGAUACAAGUCGAGACAGGACAAGCGCUGGCGCUUGUCUUGUUAGGAUUAAUGACAGGAUAAAUAAAACUAGGAUAAAUAAACUAGCACAAAAACAGGAUAAAUAAAUAGAAUAACGACAAAAUAAAUAAAACGAAGCUGCUUAAAGGACCGUUUUCAUACAGACAGCGAUGCGGUAUAACUGAGCGAAAUAAUGUAGCUAUCUGUUAUUGUACGUUGCUGCCGCUGAAACUCUGCUGCCUUUCCGGUUCUGAAUGUAUUUUGUUUUCAUUUUCCCCAGCACUUUGGCGUCUUUAGAGCAAUAGCUUUGCGCAGCCAAGCUUGGCGCAUUCACAGCGUUGCUAUAGGCUGUCUUCACAGAUGCCGGCAAUAAGUGAAACACAGGUGUCGAAAGUACGUGCCGGCGUUCUCCAGAACAUCCCGCCGCCUAGCGACGAUGAAAACGAAGACAGAACCCCUGCUAUUGAAAUAAUAUUUCCAUUUUACUCGUUUUCAUAGAAAAGGUGGCAUAAUUAUGCAGUCUUAUUCACUUGGAAUCUUUGCGCCAAUACCUCUUUUUUCGCGUACGGAUCAGGCCAAAUCAAUAACAGCUAAUCAGAGUCAUCGCGCCACUCUUUAUUGCAUGCUACGAGACUGUAUGCCCGAUUAUCGUGCGCUAUUACCUUUGCAAAUGUGAGUAAAAGGAUUGUGGAGUACAGGAGCCUGAAUACACGCGAACACACAGGAACGUUGCGAGAGCUUCAGGUAAACUCAUCUGACGUCAUGACUUUGCAAUUUGGCAAAUCAUUGCGCGGAAGCCCGAAGAGUGGAAGAGCGUUGGCGGAAGGGAAAGUUCUCGACCUCUUGACCAGUAGCACUACGCUUCAGUAGAAACACAUAAGGGUUUCUUGGAAGGAAAGCUUUGCAAUUGAAAAAUAAUUGUUUUUGGUCUGGUUUCCUUUGUAGCAGGCGUCCUGCAGUUCGCUGGGUGAAAAAUUAUCCCUUUCAUACUCUGCAGUUUAUGCACAAAAAGCCGAAGCAACACGUGAACCACGUAACGGAAAGAAAGCAUUAAUGUUCGAAAAGCUCUAUUUAUUUACUAUUUUAUUGCACCCUCAGGACCAAAGGCAUCACCAAGAGGAAUGGUAAAAAAAAUCUGGAAUAAUAAAAUAAGGCAGCGAAAGACAAGUGUUAAGGUGAACUGAAGCCUGGAGCGUGGAUGUCAGCUAUGACCAUACGAAAUUUUGAGUUCUUUGCAAUCGGAGUAAUGGCUCCUUGAAGGGGGUUCCGCACUUUAAAAGUACUGGGGAUGGAAAAAGAAAUUAUGACACGCUCUAGUGCGGCACUUCAAAAUUGCUCCAUGUGGGCGAUGAUCAAUGCAAGAUGAAAUGUAUG